UGGAACCAGGUAGAUUGGAUCAUAAUUCAAUUGUUCACCGGCCUAAGCACGUUAACAAUAGUAAAGUUUGAUAACAACAAUAUAAACAACGUUGUUUAUUUAAUUGUAAUGAUUAUCUCGUUAAUUGUGUGACCUUUACAUAGAUUAACGAUAAUCUGUUGUCCAUCUUUAAUUGUUUGUUUUCAUCUUAUUAAUUAGUUAUAAUUGGUGAUCAUCGCAGUCACUUUUUCAUUGAUAUUAUUUUUUGUUUAUGUUUUCAAAAUUUUCACAAUUCUAAAUAAUAUUGAAUAAUAAUAACAUCGUUAAUUUUAAUUCUGGCCUACUAAUAAUGAUUUCAUCUAAAACCAUCAACUUUUAAUUAUUUAAGGAAAUUAGGAAAAGGAUUAAAAUGGAAUCAACUAAUUAUCAUUCAUCAUCAAUUGAUUCAAAUCAAAGUGACCCUCGGAACAGUUUGACCAUGGGUGAGGUUGUGGUCUAUCAAACAAGUGUACCUUGUGAAACUAGUGUAAUAAUUGAUCAACAAUCAAAUCAACAACAAUCAACUGACCAUCGACACGGAAGUGACUCUGGAUCAGAAAAUAAUAAUUCAUAUUUAACCUACACAGGAGAGAUUAGUGAAUCAAGUCCAGUCAAUCAGAUGAUUGACCAUUGGCCUUAUAAUGGGGGCAGUGGUGGUGGUGGACAAUCAGGUGAUUCAGAUGAACCAUUGGCUUAUCAUCAUCAUGUUGUAUCAACUCUUUAUGGGUCAUCACCUUCAAUCCAAGGGUCAACCAGUCCAACACCUCCGACCAUCAUUCCAACCUCAGCCUCAUCAUCAUCUAACGGUUCAAACACAUCAAAUGGUAACAAUAAUAAUCUAACGGAUAGUGAACAGCAUCUUCAACAUCAACAACAUCUUCACCAUCAGCACCAUCAACAUCAUCAUCUGAUGAAGAUGACCAGUGAAAUUGGAAGCGGUGUAAUCCACUCAUCACCAUCUCCAACCACCACACCAACAACAACUUCCAGCCGAUUAUCCAAUCGGACAUCAACCACCUCACCAAGCAUUUCUGGUAACCUAUUGGGAGGCGGCGGUGGACUUGGACCUGGAAGUAGGUCCAUUGAGCAAAGGAUAAGACGUCCAAUGAACGCAUUCAUGGUUUGGGCUAAAGCGGAGCGGAAACGAUUGGCCGAUGAGAAUCCUGACCUUCACAACGCUGAUCUAAGUAAAAUGCUCGGUAAACGUUGGAGAGAGUUAACUGUACAAGAGCGUCGUCCUUUUGUCCAGGAAGCGGAAAGACUUCGAGUUCAACAUAUGCAAGAUCAUCCCGAUUAUAAGUAUAGACCUCGACGUCGGAAAAAUGGUAAACGAAAUGCUCGAGGCGGAAGUUCAACUGGUGCAAUCGGUAGUGGUAGUAAUGUGGGCAAUGGGGGUAACCACAGUCCAAAUAGUUCUAAUAGCAAUAGUAAUCAUCCAUCUUCUUUGGUUGGAGGUCGAUCGCCGUCAACGGGAAAUUGUAUCACUUUAUCCUCUGGUGAUGAUCAGGGUGGCAUGAGAUUGUACAGUCCGAUUGGUGGAGGAUUAAAUGAUCACAUUAACGGUCAUCAUCAUCUUUCACAUCUUCAUCAUCAUCAACAUCAACAACAGCAACAAGGGAUUCCUCAUCAUCUUCAUGGUCAAACACUUCACUCUGUUCACCAUCAUCAUCAUCAUCAACAACAACACCAACAACACCAUCACCAACAACAACAACAACAACAACACUUACAACAUUUAACUCAACACCUUCAACAUCGUCCAUCGCACUCAAACCUUGAAAUUAUGGACCAUUCAUCACUUUCCCCACCCUUAGAUUAUUGUGGUGUUCAAACACCUGAUUCAUCCCCGCACGGAAGUCCAUUCAGUUCAGGUCCACUUUCGGGUGGAUCGUUAAUGGAUCAAUAUCGUUCUGGAAACAUGGUUAACAUGGUAACGGUCAAUUCGACCCAUGGAUCAAGUAACUUGACCAAUGGUAUAAAUACAAUAACAACUACCGGUAAUGUUGUCAAUUUAAACAGUAAUAACAAUGGAUCUCUGUUAAUUAAUCACAAUGGUCAAGGAGUAGGAGGUCAACAACAACAACAUAGUCAUUCAUCACAAUCGGUCCUUGGUCAACAACAACAGAGUCAAACUUAUCUGUCCAUCGAUGGGUCAACAAAGGAAAGUCCACUUUCUGAUCUUGAAAGUUCAGGAAGUGGUACAAGUACCAAUGGUCAGUCAGGUAAUGGUCAACUUGAUCCAGCUCGAUCAUUACCAACACCGGAAAUGUCACCAGUUGAAAAUAGCGAUAAAAUUGAUCUAAUUAAUGGUAGUAAUCAUUCAUCAUUAAAUCCAGCUUAUUAUCAACGUAGUGUCAUUCAAGGUCAAGUCUCAGGUAAUCGACACCAUCAAACCCAACAGCCCCAGGGAACAGGUCACCUUUACAGGUUAAUCCAAGGAGGAUUAAAAACAGUAUUACCUGUUGAACAAUCAGUUUACCCAAUGGCUGGUCAGUUAUCGGAAACACAACAAUCAACAUCAUCUUCAUCUUCAUCAUCAUCAUCAUCAAUUACGACAACAACUAUAACAACAUCCGAUUCAUCAACAAGUAAUCCCGUUAACGAUCAAACCAAUGGUACUAAUCAACACUCACCUCAACCUUUAAUAACUCAAAUUAAACAAGAAAACGAUUUGGACACUUCGAUUAACAAUAAUUCAACGACAACGACGACAACAAAUGAAACAACACCAACACCAAGUACCAAUGUCGAUGAUGGUGUUUACACUAAUCAACCAAACGAAAAUCCCGUUAGUCAAUUGAUGUCACGUUUCAGUGAUGAUUCAUCAUUUCUCAGGAACGUUAAUCCCGUUUGUCCAUCUUAUAAGAAUCGAGUGAUUGUCAAUCAUGUUGAAUCAUCGGGAAUCAAUUCAUCAUCAAGUAAUAACAACGAUCACCAGCAACAAUUUGAAUCAAAUCUCUAUUCAAAAGAUACAAGAUUUGACGAUUAUCAUAUGGAAAUGAUUGAUGGGACUGAUGAUAAUCACUGGACAUCAUAUGACCAGCAACAUCAGCACCAUCAACAGCAACAACACCAACACCAACAUCAUCAACAGCAGCAACAAAAUUGUAUUUAUAAUUCAUAUAAAUCGGAGCUUAAACCUUCAAUUGAUCAAAUGUAUCGAGAUCCAAAUGAAUCAACUGGUUAUGGUGACAAUUAUUUAACUAUUAAUGGUGAUCAAGAUUAUGACACUGGACCUUUGGUGACCGAUGGAUCAGCUGGUGGACGACAAGAUGAUUAUAAUCAACGUCAGGUAAUCAUCCCAUCCUCACAUCAUCAACAUCUUCACCAUCAACAGCAACAAACCAUAAUUAAGGCAAUUAAUCAGCAUCACAAUUUACAUCAAACUCACAAUAUUCAAUCACAGCAUCAACAUCAUCAACAAUAUCAUGGAUCAGAAGUUAAUCCGGUUACAUCAACUUCAACUGAUCACAAUUUAGUCAACAAUUUUAGCUCCCAAUUAAUUCAGAAAUUAACUGAUUUUAAUCGUCCAAUUACCGGUAAUUCAUCUCUAUGUGAAAAUGGAUCAGAGUUAAUUGCUGCCUUAGCGGAAACCCGGCAAAUUAUUUCUUAAUCAAAUCAGGGAGAGAAAUUUAUUCCAAACAAUUAACUUUUUCCUCUUGCUAAUUGACAGUAAAUUAAUUACCAAAUAAAAAAAGCAAAGGAUAAAUUAAAAAAGUCGUAAGAAAAUGAAUUAGGACAAUUAGUGCCAAAUGAAGUUUUAACAAUGAAUUAAAUUAAUAAUUGUUGCAAUUGAUUUUCUCGCAACAAUCAAUUGACUGAUUUAAAGCACAAAUUUAUCAGAAAAUUGUCCGAUUGUUGAUUAAUUUGAUUGAUUUCCUUUCUCUCUCUCUCUCUCUCUCUUCAAAUACUAAUCAAGAAACAACGAAACAAUCAAAUUUAAUCAUCUUCCCUUCACCUCUUUUUUUCAAUCCCAAUUAUAAUCAAUCAGUUAAUUAAAAAGCUGAUGGAAACUUUGACCAGGGAGAAUCAAAGUUAAUUGUAAACAUGACAAUCCAAUCAAGAUGAAAAUUAUCCCAAUCAACAGAUUAUCUUUAAUUAUCUAUUUUAUCAAAUUCUUUACAAAAAUUAACUAAUUGUAUUUGUUGCAAUUUGUUCAGUUCCUGUUCAUCUUUCAUAUGCAAAACCUAAUUCACCAUCAACAAUCAACUAAUUGUGCCUCUUGUUCAGAUACAAAAGUUUUUAUCACAUCGCAAUUAACAGUUAAUUAACUGUUGGACAUCAUUAAUUAUACAUAAUUUUUUUUUUCUUCACAAUUUGUUAAUAAUUUUUUUCGUGGUUUCAUAAACACAAUUAGAUGAAUAAUCAAUCAAUUGGAAUAUGAUUAAAACCCAUCACCUGAAGCCCCAUCCCUAACAAUUUAAUCAAUUAAAAGCAUCAACAUGAACAAUCAACGAGAUAAACAACAACAAUUUGACAUAAAAUCAAAUGAAAAUAAUUUAAAUCAAUAAAACUAAUUGUGUUUAACGUUGACAAUUGAAAAUGCAGUUAAAAAAACUCAAAUGGUUAAAAGUUUUAAUGGUUAAUCAAGUAAAUCAAUUGAAACCCUCAAGCAAUCAAAUCAAAUCAUCAACACACAUAAACAUGGGCUUAAUCAUUUUACAUUUAUGUUAACAAUUAAACACUACAAUCAUCACCAAUGAAUACACACAUUGAACACAUAAUCAUCAUUAUCAAAUCAUUUACAAUUAACUUUGGAAAACUUUUCAAUCGAAAUUCAAAAAAAAAUUAACAAUUAUAAUUAAAAUCUUAUUCUGUCCCAAUCAUGUUACCCUCAACCCUAAAUCCAUUCCCACCUCAUUUACUAUGUUAACUUUUUUUCCGCUCUGGGAGUUAAUUGUAUCCCUAUUCCAACCCUUGAACAUUUAAUUAUCCUUAAUUAUUUGAAAUAUAUAACAAAAAAAUGAUUACAAUUACCUCACCAUGACAAUUUUGUAGAGACUUUGUCAAUGUCUCAGAGAAAAACAAAAAUUAUUUUCCUUUUCCAUUGAGAUUAUUGAUUUAUCAAUCACAAAAGGGACAAUUGAUUUAUAUAAAUAUAAUAUAAAUAUUACUAUAAAUAUGAAUUGUUAAUUAUUCACAA